CCGAACUAAUUAAUAUUUACAUUGCAGAGUAUGGACUCAUUUGCUAUGCACGCUGGAAAGCUCGGGUUCAUCGGGUGAUUUUGGGAGAUAUGUGUGAUUUGUUUAGACAAAAUGACCGUUUAUAUCCAUGGGAUGUAUACUCUGUGAGUCUGGUGCGUUAAAUAAAAUCUAGGAAGGCCAAACAAGUCCGUCAAGGCUAUUUUGUUUUGGGAAGGUUGAAUCGAAUUCAUACAAAAUGGCGGAUUUAGAAGCUGUCCUAGCCGAUGUCAGCUAUUUGAUGGCAAUGGAGAAAAGUAAAUCCACUCCAGCUGCCCGUGCAAGCAAGAAAAUUAUUUUGCCCGACCCCAGCGUUCGGAGCGUGAUGCACAAACAUCUCACUAAAAUGGGAGAAGUGACAUUCGACAAAAUCUUUGGACAAAAGCUGGGGUACUUGCUCUUUAAGGAUUUCUGUGAAAAUGUCUGUGAUGAGCCUGUCCCUCAGCUCAAGUUUUAUGAGGAGAUAAAGAAGUUUGAGAAGUUGGAAACGGAUGAGGAAAGAAUAAAACUAGGCAAAGAAAUCUAUGACCAAUUCAUCAUGAAAGAAUUGCUGUCCCAAUCCCAUACUUUUCUGCAGACAUACUCCAAGGCAGCUGUCGAGUCUGUCCAAGAGUCACUCACAGUGGCCCAAAGAACCAAAAAACUCGCACCAAACAUUUUUGAGCCCUACAUAGAAGAAAUAUGUAAUUCAAUUAGAGGCGAUAUAUUUGACAAAUUUUUAGAAAGUGAAAAAUAUACUCGAUUUUGUCAGUGGAAGAACCUAGAGUUGAAUAUAGAGUUAACAAUGAAUGAUUUCAGUGUACAUAGAAUAAUCGGCAGGGGGGGAUUUGGAGAAGUGUAUGGUUGUCGAAAAGCGGACACUGGUAAAAUGUAUGCAAUGAAGUGUUUAGAUAAAAAGAGAAUAAAAAUGAAACAAGGAGAGACAUUGGCCAUCAAUGAGCGAAUCAUGUUGUCACUCGUCAGUACGGGGGAAGGAAGUCCUUUCAUUGUGAACAUGACCUACGCUUUCCAGACUCCAGAAAAACUGUGUUUUAUUUUAGACCUGAUGAAUGGUGGGGACCUUCAUUAUCACUUAUCUCAGCACGGCGUGUUCAACGAGCGCGAGGUUCGCUUCUAUGCUUCAGAGGUCAUACUCGGACUUGAACAUAUGCACAAUCGAUAUGUUGUUUACAGAGAUUUAAAGCCAGCCAAUAUCUUACUGGAUGAGAAUGGUCACGUAAGAAUCUCCGAUCUCGGCCUGGCCUGUGACUUCUCCAGGAAGAAACCCCAUGCUAGUGUUGGGACACAUGGUUAUAUGGCCCCUGAGGUGCUAAACAAACAGAUGCAGUACGAUUCCAGUGCUGACUGGUUCUCCUUCGGCUGUAUGUUGUACAAGUUACUAAGAGGACACAGUCCAUUCCGACAACACCGAACAAAAGACAAGCACGAGAUAGAUCGAAUGACCAUGACAAUGGUAAUUAGUACUUUGAAUGUAGAAAUUCCAGAAUCAAUGUCCCAGGAGAUGAAGUCUUUGUUGGAGGGAUUAUUACAGAGAAAUGUUGAGGAUCGCCUAGGCUGUAAAGGCCGGGGGGCAAACGAGGUUAAGGAGCAUGCGUUUUUUCGGGGAAUCGACUGGACCCAGGUGUUUCUUCAGAAGUACACCCCUCCCCUCAUUCCCCCGCGGGGAGAGGUCAACGCUGCCGAUGCAUUUGACAUUGGGUCAUUUGAUGAGGAAGACACUAAGGGCAUUAAGCUUGCUGAGCAGGACCAGGAUUUGUACCGUAAUUUCACCAUGACGAUUUCGGAGCGCUGGCAGCAGGAGGUAGCGGAGACUGUAUUCGAAGCCAUUAAUCAAGACACGGAUAAACUAGAACAGAAGCGCAAGCAGAAACCUCGCAUAGAUGAUGUAGAUCUAGAUCAAACUGAUUGCAUCGUGGAGGGUGAAGUUUUAAAAUUAGGGGGUCCAUUUCUACAAACAUGGCAGAAAAAACACCUAAAGCUAUAUCCAAAUCGGUUAGAGUUCUACCACAAAAACCGCGAUGGGCAGAUAACCAGGGCUAAAGUAGAGUGUAUUCUGAUGCUGGACAUAAAAGAAGUUUAUCCUGAAUUCCAAAAAUUACAAAAAACAGACAAUUGUAUUGUGAUAGUUUUAAAAACUGAAAACAAAAUUGCCAUAACUUCUCCAGAUAAAGUGCUUAUUUCUCAGUGGAAGGAUGAGAUUAUUAAUGGACACAAAUUAUCAGCACAGAUAGUGGCUAAUAUGACAACAAAAGCUAGCAAAAUGUAUGGUGCUGCCAUUAGUAACAGUCCCAGCUCGGAGAAUUUCAAACCUCCGCUAGAACAUAGGAAUAGUAACGGGAGCUAGACACGCCCCCCCUCUACUGACAUAGCUUUCUUGUGAUCAGUGACACGCCCCUCUCCUUGAUACUCAAUCUGGAACCAUAUCGGAGGGAGGUCGGAACACACAGGAAUGGAUCCAACUUCCUCCGGGGUUAUUCUUGGUGGGAUCCGGCACAUUUUUCAAACUAGUCAUCAAAUUUUUAUCCAACUUGGCAAGACAUUGUUUUCUACUACUACUACUACUACCACAUGUUGUCGUUUUUACUUGUUUCAGCCAGAUGAAUGGCUCAGUGUUGUCAAUGUGUCAGUAGGCACGUGUGAUAUCAACCAGUGUGUGAGAGUGUCCGUCUGUCUGUUAGAAUGCUGCAUCAUUAGUGUGACAAGGAGACUCAGGACCAUCGUAGUGUAUCGGCAGUGUCCAACAAAGAGUUUUCUCUUAUAACAAUACUCAGCUUCCAUGUACGCAAUCUUCUCUUAGAUGACCAUCACUCGUGAAAGCAACUUAUUUAUCUGCGAUCUCCUAGGGCCUCGUAGAGCUAUUAGAUUGUUCUUGAGCUUUAACUAUUUCUUAUUUUUACAUGCUCUCAGAAAUUGUGUUUAUAUUUUUUAUUAUUGUACUUGUUGCCAAGUUUUAUUCUUAGUGGUGUACCAAAACACGGCUUUAAAUUGAUUCUGAUGAAUAGAUUUCAGUAGUCUGUGAUCUGCGAUCAACUAAUCUCUCUUUUUACAACUUGGACUUUUAUACAAUAUACCUUUACCAAAUUUUAGGAAGAGCAAGAUUCUAACUCAGAACUCUUAUGAUAUGAAAUAAAUUAUGUUUCUACUCUUGUACUGUUAGCUGUAGUCUUGUGAACCGAUCUCUAGUCCUUGUGAGUUUUCUCCCCUCCUGCUGUAGUUACAAUUGUCCAACAGAUGGCUCUCAUGUGUCCAACAGGGUACCGAACAAGGCAUUCCUCGUCAUGCGUUUAAUCUGGAGAAAGCACGUGUAGCAUUAUUAUGACACAAAUUAAUGUACGUCUACCUCUGUCGGGUCACAUGACACUUCUUAACCAAUCGCUUUACAUCCGAGGACCUCAAGCUUGCCAGUGUCAAUCUUCGGUCGUUACGAUCCACGAUUUAGAGAGUUAGUGUAACGUAUCUUGUUUCUGGAGGUGUGUACAAGAGUGGCGUGCGAGAUUUGUUUUUUAUUGAACCAAAUCAUUGCUCCAAUUUUUUUUUAUGUUGAGUAUGUUACUGUAUGGAGAAGUAUGUGUGUAUGAACAUUGUAUACAAGUCACUUAGAGAGUUUUACCAAAUUUUUAUUUGUUACAUUAUUUUGAUUAGAUCUCCAUCACUGUGUGAAUCUCAAGAUUUCGUUUUAAACAAGAAAUGGACUUACUAUUAGCGUGUUGUAAAACUUCUGCAUUACUUGUUACUGUAUAAGCUAGGUUUAAUUCUUGAAUCUACUGUACGAGUCAUGUUUUAUGUAAUAUUAAUCUCAGCUCUGUUCACAGUGUAUGUAUUGGAGAAAGAAAUACAUGAAUAUGAAGUGUGGACUAUUUUUUACAGAUGGCGCUGUCAGCUGGUUUGACUUUUCUACUGUGUAAUGUGGUCUUAUGAUUUCCAAUCUGGGAAAACUCUUUCUUGUAAAAGAAAAUUGUGUUCCUAUUUUCCAUUUUGUGACUGUGUUGAAAAAAUAUGAAAAAAAUCAAUGAAAUAUUUAAAUGUGAUGAAUAGAUUUUAAAAACUGCAGUGAUGUUGUCUGGGAUCUGUUGAUGUAUACACUACUUCAAGUGAAAUUUUUUUAGCCUAACUUCUGUGCAAAGUCAUUUAUACGAUUUGUACAAAAAAAAAAUGCUGUAUUUUAUAAUGAAAAUGUGGAGAAAUUUUAUAAUAUCUCUCAAGAUUCUGCUUAAAUGUCAUUAUUUUUUUUUCAAAUUUUCAUUACAAAUUAACUGACACUUGCUUAAGAUUAGAACUCCCUGGAUCAGUUUAAGUCAAUAGAGCAGAGCACCUGCUCUGUCUGUGUACCUAGACACACUGUAGAUGUGGUGAACUGUGAUGUCUGUCCCUCAUGUCUACUGUCUCCUCCCCCGAGCCCUUGGCCAGGAGGGACAGGUGCCCCAUAGUGAAGACUGGUCAAAACUAUUAGUGUCCAUCAACUGGGAUAUUUUUUUUUACAUCAUGUAUUUGUAAAUCAUGUAACAAGUGAACGACUUUUUUCCUCAUUCUGUGUUAUCACGGGAGAUAGAGCGGCCAGAUUAUUUCCUUUAGACUGCUAGGCUUGGUACCGAUAGGACUGUGCAUUGUGUGCUUGUGUCGUCGCACCGGGCCGGGACUCACCUGUUAGGCCAGGUCCUGGAGUAUCGAGACCCUAGAUGUGCAAUAGAUAUGACAUAUCUGGCUGAACAUUGAUGCAUUUUCAUGAAAUCCAGUCAUUAUAAUGAAAAAGAAGUUAUUCAACAUUUUCCAUGUGAAGAUGUGUAUUUAUUAUUUAUUCAAAUAAAAUCUACAAAAAUGUC